AUGAAUAAAACGCGCACGCGAGCCGCGCGAGCCGCGCGAACCGUCGUCAGCGCCCUCCCAUCGCUUCCGUUGAACACGAAGGAGCAGAUAGAGCAAGCCGCUGGGGCGAUCGAAGCGGCGUUGAGGGACGGAAAAACGACGCAAGCGAUCGAGUUGAACCUUCCUUUGAUCGGUGCUACCGAUCUUGAUGAUUGGCCGGGCGGGAUCCGUCAACAAUACGGCGCUCUAGCGCCCAUGGUGAGCGAGGUGCUGCGACUAAUCAACGCCGGCGCCGAGGGGACGUGCCAACAACGCGUCAUCGACGACGCCGAUGCAGUGGCGGCUCUGACGCUUGGUUCCGACGUCGUUGUCUCGUUUCCGACGGCCGAGGUCUUGGAUGAUUUGCGGGCGAUCGAAAACAAAAACGAUUUCCGUCUAAAGAUCAUCGCUAACCCGCAAUGGAACACCAAGGGCGCCAUCAUUGGCGACUUCGGCUUUGGGCCGUGGAAGCGACGGGCAGAAGAGUUUGUGGGGAAGUUUGAGCAGACGUAUUACUUGAAGGAGCAGCGCAUUCAAGGAGAGAUCGUGCGUACGUUAAAAGUAUACCCGAACAAGUGGCAAGUGUUUGCGUUAGCGCCGAAUGAGAACAACAAAAUUGUCGCCGAGGCUCUCGGAGAGUUCGACGAAAGACCUCUGUACGACCAACUCAAGAAAUUAUUGGAAUCGCGAGAGGGCUCGAUCGCGGCCAUGAACUGGGUCGAGAGAGCCAAACGCGAAGCUACGUUCAACGCCAAGAGCUUACAAGCGCCCCCGAACCAGGAAUAG